GCUGGCAUUGUCCAUAAUGUCUCGCUGUAUCGUUUAAUUGCAUUCUUUUUCAUUGCAUUGAAUGUGUUUUUUUAUUUAUACAUAAAUCACGCUGUUGUUUUAAUUUGAAAGGCAGGCGUCGUAUGUUUUUCCGGUUUCGGCUUUGGCAUCUCUUGACAUUUGGACGCAGCUGGUCUGGGCGCAUCUGGUACCGUGUGACCAUCCAUCGAGACUGGUUCCAAGUCUCUCUUCGCCGUUGCCCUUUGAAAGGCGUUGGACCGAGUGAUGCGCGCGCGACCAACUUGAUCUUUUGUUUCUUUCUAACACUAUUUAACCCUCUUUCACCAUUGCCCCGCACCGAGGCACCGCGGAUUUUCUGUCGUCCCUUGGUCUCCGAACUGCGCGGAGGAAGUGGUCACUGUUGGCUGUGGUCACCGCUGUCGUGAUGGUUCUGCUGGCUCUGGCCAUUGCGGUGCCGCUUCUCCUCCUGCGCUCCUCGGAGACCUCCGCUCAUUAUUACGAGAUGAUGGGUACCUGUCGGAUGGUGUGCGACCCUUACACCGCUAAACCCGGGGGAGGCGCCGCUGGAGAGGCGACACAGACCGUCAACAGCGUCGCGCCACUACCACCGAUGGCACAAGGUAGCCGCGGGGAACCGGGGCGACCAGGAAAACCUGGAAUCAGGGGUCCGCCGGGAGAACCUGGACCCCCGGGCCCCAGGGGUCCACCAGGGGAGCGCGGCGUCAGCAAACUCCCCUUCCCCGCUUUAACCGCAGCAUCGGGAGAGCACAGCGAAAUAGACGGGACCAACUCUACAAGUAGCGGAAACCGUGUCGCUUUUUAUGUCGGUCUUAAGAAUCCCCACGAGGGAUACGAGGUGCUUAAAUUCGACGACGUGAUUACAAACUUGGGAAACCUCUACGAUCCGAGCACCGGGAAGUUCACCUGCCAUGUGUCCGGGAUCUACUACUUCACUUAUCAUGUGCUGAUGAGAGGAGGAGACGGAACCAGCAUGUGGGCCGACCUGUGUAAAAAUGGACAGGUCCGAGCAAGUGCCAUAGCUCAGGAUGCAGACCAAAACUACGACUACGCCAGCAACAGCGCUGUGCUGCAUUUGGACUCGGGCGAUGAAGUGUACGUGAAACUGGAUGGCGGCAAGGCUCACGGAGGCAAUAAUAACAAGUAUAGCACCUUCUCUGGCUUCAUUUUAUACCCUGAUUAGGUCAAAUUGUCAGCAGAUGUUAUUUUCAUGGACGUAUAUUAUAAUGUGUUUUUGUGUCCUUCAAAACACAAGCUGCUUAUAUUCAUGUCUAUUGAUGGACAGCUUACUCGGUGCAGAUGUGAAUACGAUAUUCUACUUAAAGGCUCUGGUGGAUUAGCAGUGCGGGGUGAUAUUCCUCGGAAGUCAAACAUCAGUCGGAUGAGUUUGUGCAAUCUUGCUGUUAAAUCCGGGUUUUAUGUGUCAAAUAUUGAUCUGAUACAAUGGCACGAAACAAGCCAUCUAAAUGCAUCAAUUUAUUUGCUGCUCCAACUGAACAAACUCUUCACAAAUGUAGCAGAGCACUUUCAAGUGCAGUCAGACAAACUCCAGUAACAUGUAGUACUCAUUACUACACAAACAGUCGGACACACACAAAAAAAACUAGCCUAUUCUUGUUCUCCUAUUCUGUUCAGGUUUUGCGGUCUGUUAUGUACUGUUAACACUGUUGUGCUUUAUACAUUCUUAACCAUUGUGAGUCUGUUGUCAGAUUCCACUUUAAGGCCAUUUCACAAAUAUAUCCAUGGUGGGGUUUA